AAGAGUAGAAGAUGGAAUGCAGAGCAUAACGUUUGGGGCAGUGAAAAGGGAUAGAAAAGGAAAUACAUGGGUGGGAUAAAGUAAGGGAAGAGUAUAGAGAGGCAUUGUAAGAGGCUCGGGAAAGAGUAAGUCUUUCUUAAUUACAGCCCCGUUCUGUUCUUCGAGCGGCAGAGCUCAGCUGUCAGACUGGAGAUGGUUAAUAGCCGGUGCCCCUUAUAAACUGAGAGAGGCUGGAGGUACAGGACACCGAGGAGGAUUUAUGAAGGAGGAAGUAACAGUAUGUGUGUGACUGCAGACAGGAGCCUGCCUGGAAACCUUUCCCACUGUUAACUGCUAAGAAUCCCUUUCCCUUAGUGCGGAACAGCUUGGAGCUUCUGUGGCUCUCCUAAGCCUCCAGGUGACAUUGAACCUACAUUGUUUGGACAUCCGACACUGUCAUACUGAAUGCUAGCGGUACCUUUGUCACUCUUGCUGUAAUCUAAACAUGAAGCUGUGAAUGAAAGGAGUUACCUAAAACAGAAAUGGCAAUAUUCAGAAUCCUUCCGUGCUUGUGACAAUUUGGUAUCACCAUACAAACCCAUAUUAACCAAUUGUGGUCAUUCUUCACCACCUCCUUUUUGUGUGCAACUAUAACGUAUACUUUGGACAUAUCAUUGUGGAGCACUUAGUAUUACUAUUUUUUGUAAAUGCAGAUUCUUUAAGUUAUACCUUACAUUACUUUUCUUUGUUAUAUUUGUGCCUCUUAUUUUUCUUCUGUGGCCACACACCUACAAACUGAAUGUACUAGUCUAAUGACACAUGCUGUGCAUUUUUCAUACCACUGACCAUUUUCCAGUUGUUGCCAUCUGCCUGCACCAUUUUUUUCUAUGAAACCACUAUUGGCAUAAUGAAAACCUUACUUUGGACUGUUCUGUUGCCACUUCUCUUCUCCUUCUGUGUCUGCCAGCAACCCAGACACCAAGAUAUAGAUGUAUCUGUACAGUACUACGAUGACAAUGUUAUUGACCUACUUGAAGCACUGAAUGUCACCCGAUCUGUGAAAGGAGUCACUAAAGCAAAGGGACGCGAUCCUGCUUCUCCAGCUUGGAAGUUCCGUCAGCGAGUCCCUCACCUUACACUCCCCCGGGAUUACUCUGUUUACCUAUUGUCUACUACACAGGAAUCUUUGGGACUGCACUUUGUUGCCAAGCAGGCCAAAAAUAAUCAGGGAACAUUGGUGGCUUUCCUGUCACCAGCUGCCACUAAGAGUGAUGGACGCCCCCUUCUUCGCCUUAUUUCUGAUACGCGUACUGAUCAACUUCUUUUAGAGUACCGUACUGCACAAACAAUGGAGCCAGCUUCUCUCCAGUUCCCAGGAAGCUCACCCUUCUCAGGUUCUCAGUGGGCUCGUGUUGCAUUGAAUGUGAACACUCACAAAGUGACACUCUUUUUAGACUGUGAGGAGCCAGUAGUGUUUGGAAAAGAGGGAGCAGAAGAGAUGUUGAGUCUAAUUCUUCCACUGGAUUUGGAAAUCACCUUUGGAAGCACUCCAUCAGACAAAGAGAGCAAGUUUUUGGGCUAUUGGCAAACGGCUGAGAUCUCCCCAACUGGAUUCACUCAUAGGCCCUGGCAUUGUGAGAAUCGCUCAGACUCGCUCCCUCUACCUUACUCCCUUUCUGGGGAGCGUCAUAUGGAUGAUGAAGAGAUACAACGAGAACCAAGAGCUCCAGAUGUUUCAGACACCCACCAUUACCAGCAACAGCAAAGUGAGGUCCCAACACAGCAUCUUUCUAAGGAUGACCGACUACAAAGGCUUGAAGAGGCUGUUAAAGGUCUGACCAAUAUGAUCAACAUGAUCAAAUCCGAGAAUGCUGACCUUCAAGCCAGAGUGAAGUACCUUGAGAGCUGUGAAUGUCGUCGCUCCACUUGUGUUUGGGAGGGCAAAGAAUAUCAGGAUAAUGAGACCUGGAAGAAGGAUGCAUGCAACAUAUGCGUAUGUGUUGGAGGUUCUGUGACAUGCUCUGUGCGCAAGGACUGGCCUCAGUGUCUUGGUUGCUUUCAUGAGGGAAAGAAUUACAAUAACCAAGAUACCUUCUCUGCGGGUUCUUGUACGGCAUGCAUUUGUCAGAGUGGAGAGGUGAUCUGCACCCCAAAGUUGUGCCCACCUGUAACUUGUAGUGACCCAGUGACAUUGCCAAAUGAGUGCUGUCCUCUUUGUGUUACUGGCUGUUCAAAUGGGCACAAGGAGGGGGAUACUUGGAGAAAAGAUAUCUGCACUAUAUGCACUUGUCAGAAUGGAAUAAUCAGUUGUGAGAGGGAGCAGUGUCCUGACCUAACAUGCUUGAAAAGAUACAUUCCACCUGGACAGUGCUGUGCCACAUGUCAACAAGGAUGUGAAUAUGAAGGACUUACCUACAAAAAUGGAGACUACUUCUUGUCGCAGAGCAACCCCUGUGUAAACUGCUCUUGCAUGAAUAACUUGGUGAGAUGUUUACCUGUGCAGUGCCCACUACCUGCUUGCACUAAUCCAGUGCCCAUACCAGGCCAAUGUUGCCCUUCCUGUCCAGUUUGUGAGCUGGAUGGACAUCCCUUAAUACCGGGUCAGAAUGUCACCACCAAAGAUGGCUGUCGUCUCUGUGCCUGUCAGGAUGGCAAGGUACAAUGCAGAGAAUCUGUACGAUGCCCCCACAUCUGUACUCAUGGUGUAAAACGGAAUUCUUGUUGCCCAGAUUGUUCAGCUUGUGAAAUGAAUGGGGAUAUUAUUCCUAAUGGGAUAACGUUCCAGGGCAACAUGGACCCCUGUGAGAGUUGCACAUGCCAGGAUGGUAAUGUGCAUUGUGUCCGAGCCUCUUGCCCAGAGCUGAGUUGUGUUCUACAUGAGAAGAUACCAGGGGAAUGCUGUAGCCAGUGUCAGAGUUGUGUGGAUGGGACAGUAAAACACAAACAUGGAGAGGAAUGGAAACCACAAGGAGAACCAUGCCAAAGUUGCAGAUGUUUGGAAGGAAGAAUUCAGUGUAGAAGGCGCCAUUGCGCUGCUUUGUGCCGCAAUCCAUUACCACCAAGGCCUGGAACCUGCUGCCCAGUGUGUGAUGGCUGUUUAUAUAAUGGUCACAGUUAUUUGAAUGGACAUCGUGUGAGAAGUACUGAUCAAUGCAAACAAUGCUUCUGCGAGAAUGGUAAUGUGCAGUGUGAACCAAUUACCUGCCCCCAGGCACCAUGCAGAAACCCUGUACGGAAAACUGGAGAGUGCUGCCCAAGGUGUGAGAGUUGUGAAUAUGAUUCUCGACUCUUUACUGAAGGAGAAGUUUUCACCACGGUCCAUGAUCCCUGUUUGCAGUGCACUUGCUUGUCUGGAGAAGUGUCAUGUGAACACCUAGAUAGGAAAUGUCCCCCUUCACAGUGCAGUCACCCAGGCAGAGCUAAAGGACAGUGCUGCCCAAGUUGUGAGGUCUGUGACUUUGAGGGGAUCUUGUAUACAGACCGACAGUCAUUCCAACCCCUGGGACAUGGUCCAUGCCUUAAGUGUUUCUGCGCGAAGGGAAAUGUGCGUUGUGUAGAGGAGACCUGUCCCCCAGCUCUCUGCCCUAACCCUGUGAGGGAUCCAGAGCAGUGUUGCCCUGUAUGUAAAGUUUGUGUGCAGGAUGGCGUAGAAUUUUUAGAAGGAAUUGAGUGGGAACUUAAUGGUAAUCCUUGCAGCAGCUGCACUUGCCGAAAUGGUGACACUAUCUGUGGAGUCAGUGAAUGCCCUUCAGUGACCUGUUUGCACCCCACUAAGAAAGAAGGGGAAUGUUGUCCAUUAUGUGACUCUUGCACCUAUAACCAGAGAGUGUACAGCAAUGAGCAGAUUUUCACAGACCCAGACAACCCAUGUCAGGACUGCCAGUGCAAGGAUGGCACUGUUCAGUGUUCUUCAAUUGUUUGUCCACCUGUGCUGUGUACUAUACCAGAAAGGACCCCAGGGCAGUGCUGUGCCAAAUGCCCAGACUGCAGGUACCAGGAUCAGGUUUUCCUAGAAGGAGAGCAAUUUUCCAAUCCACUUAAUCAGUGCCAAGAGUGUUGGUGUCGGGAUGGACAUGUGACAUGCACAGAUAGGGGAUGCCCAGGUGCCCUCUGCUCCUACCCACUACCAGGCACUUGCUGCCAAAAUAAUUGCAAUGGCUGCAAUUAUGCUGGAAAGGAAUAUCCUAAUGGGGCAGAUUUCCCCCACCUCACAGACAAGUGCAGACAAUGUCACUGCAUUAAUGGCAAUGUACAGUGUCUAGCACAGAGAUGCCCCCCUUUGCUGUGUGCUGAACCAUUUCCAGUGCCUGGAGAAUGCUGCCCACAGUGCCCAGUGCCACCAGCUGAUUGCCCUUAUUCUGGGGUCACAUACAGGCACAUGCAGCGAUUUUAUGACCCAUCAGAUAAAUGCCGUGACUGUAUCUGUAAUAAUGGCACAGUAACCUGUCAGCGAAAGCCGUGUGCCCCAACACCAUGUUCGCAUCCUUUGCAAGGAGAUUGCUGUCGCUCCUGUGAUGGAUGUCUCAUGUCUGGGAAGGAGUUGGCUAAUGGUGAACAGUUUCCACAGCCUUCAGACCCUUGCUCGGUGUGUGUUUGCUGGGAAGGCAGUGUAAAAUGCCAACCUAAAACCUGUCCUGUUCUCAGCUGCCCUUUCCCAGCCCCUGGGCAAUGUUGCAAAGAGUGUCAAGACUGUCAGUACUUGGGUGAGGUGUACUUGAACGGCCAGGAGUUUUCAUCUCCCCAGGAUUCCUGUAGCCGGUGUGUAUGUGCUGAUGGAUUUGUGACCUGCAGUAAAAAACCAUGUUAUAAAGCUGGCUGCACACACCCAAGUACUCCACCUGGAAAAUGUUGCCCUGUCUGUGAUGGAUGUUCAUAUAAUGGAGAUGCACUGAUAAAUGGUCAAAGCGUUCCUGACCCUUCUAACCCACUUUGUUCAGAAUGUACAUGCAGGACAGGGUCUGUGCAAUGUGUGCGUAAACUGUGUGGACCCACUUCCUGCCCACACCCUGUCACUGGACCAUGUGACUGUCCCAUAUGCCAGGGUUGUCAUUUUCAAGGUCGUAACUACAUUGAUGGUGAUGUGUUCACAUCUUCGCCGAGUCCAUGUGAGCAAUGCCGCUGUAUGAGGGGUCAUGUGACCUGUGGUCCUCGGCCCUGUGAUCAGGUGACCUGCCCGCAUCCUGCUGAAGAUCCUUGCAUGUGUCCAGUGUGUGAUGGGUGCAAUUACAGUGGAAGAGACUGUACCAAUGGAGAAAGCUUCCUAGAUCCUGAGGAUGAAUGUAAUCACUGUACUUGCAGAAAUGGAGAGGUGACUUGUAUUUCUGUGCCAUGUCCUCGUAUAUCCUGUCUGUACCCCAUAACUCCCCCAGGGGAGUGCUGCCCUCGCUGCACAGGCAUUUGUAAGCACAAUGGGCGUGUCUAUCAGAAUGGAGACACUUUCCACCCUUCAGGAGAUAUUUGUACCAAGUGUUUAUGCCAGAAUGAAAUGGUGACUUGUCAGCGGGUUCGCUGUUCCCAAGAAUGCAGUCAUCCUGUACCUUCCCCAGCAUCCUCAUGCUGUCCUGUCUGUGAUCGCUGUUUCUAUGAGAACCAAGAAUAUGCUAACCAUGAGACUUUCACCUCGACGUCUGACCCAUGCCAACGAUGUGUGUGUCUGGAUGGCACUGUCACUUGUACCCAUGUGGUGUGUCCUUAUGUUUCCUGUGCAAACCCAAUAACCAAGCCAGAACAAUGCUGCAGGGAGUGCCCAGUUUGUCGAUACCAAGGAAAGGAGUAUAGUGAGGAUGCACACUGGGUGCCCGUUACAGAUUUAUGCCUAAAAUGUACAUGCACUAAUGGUAAUGUGGUUUGUGAGCCUCCUCAAUGCCCGCCUCUUCCAUGCACCCAGCAAGUGACAGACCCUGGAGCAUGCUGCCCUCGUUGCAGGGGGUGCAUAUAUAAUGGUCGAGAGUACAAAGACAACAGUAAUUGGCUGUCCAGCUCAGAUCCCUGUAUGUCUUGCAUGUGUGUGGAUGGAGUGACCACAUGCUCCAAGCUGCAGUGUAUUAAUUCCUGCACCAAUCAGAUCACAGUUCCAGGGGAGUGUUGUCCAGUGUGUGCAGAUUGUAUUUCCAGUAAUAAAGUAUAUCUUCCUGGAGAGAGUUACCAUCCAUCUAAGGACCCAUGUGAGAUUUGUACUUGUGAGCGUUUACCAAAUGGUCAGCAAUACAGACACUGCACCAAAAAACAGUGCCCUAGCCUCUUGGACUGUCCCAGAAAUUAUAUUUUACCUCCUGCUGAAGGCCAGUGUUGUUCCACCUGUGCCCAGGCUCUCAGUAACUGUACAGACACGUUGGUGGGCAAUGAGAUCCAGGCUACUGAUGACCCUUGCUAUACAUGUCAUUGCAAGGAUCUAACAUGGGUGUGUGUCCAUCAGCCUUGUCCAGUCCUGAGCUGCCCCCGUGCAGAGCAGUUUACCCACUCUGGAUCCUGCUGCCCUGUUUGUAAAGAAUGUGUUGUGGAAAUUGAGGGUCGACGCGUUCCAGAUGGAGAGACCUGGACAGACAGGCAGGAUCCCUGUGUGACCUGCACGUGCACUCUGGGACAUGUGGAAUGUCAGAUAGAAGAGUGCCAACCAGUUCAGUGCCAAGAAGGAGAAAUGAGAGUCAGGAGACCAGGAGCAUGUUGCCAUGAAUGCCAAGCCCCUGCAGUCUCCUGCUGGUAUCAAGGCCAGAGGUUCCUGUCUAAUGAACACUGGCAGGUGGAUGAGUGUACAGCCUGCACUUGUGUAUCUGGAGAAGUGCACUGUCACAGUGAAAGGUGUCCCCAAGUGUCUUGUACUGCGGAGGAGACCCCCGCUCUUAUACCUGGAAUGUGCUGCCCACAUUGUAUUCCUCGCCCUGCCACUUGUAUUGCUUUUGGCGACCCACAUUAUAGGACAUUUGAUGGAAAGAUGUACCAUUUCCAAGGUAGUUGUACCUAUGUGCUGAGUGAGGACUGUGAAGGAGGAGACUUCAGUAUUCAUGUCACAAAUGAUGACCGUGGUCUGCGGGGUGUGUCCUGGACUAAGGAAGUGACUGUUCUAAUCGGUGAUGCCGUGGUUCAACUGCUACAGGACUGGGUAGUUAUGGUUGACUACCAGACUGUGGAAUUGCCAUUCUUAAAGGAGCCAUACAUUUACAUAGAGCGAAAGACUAACACCAUUCUCCUGAACAGCAACAUUGGCGUAAAGGUGCAGUGGAAUGGCCGAUCUCAUCUAGAAGUCAGUGUCCCUGGUACAUACCGUGAUCACUUGUGUGGUCUUUGUGGAAAUUUUAACAACUACCCACAGGAUGACUUGCGUGAUCGGAGAGGGCAGAUCCUGCUGUCAGAAGCUGCAUUCGGCAAUAGCUGGAGGGUGCAGAGCAGUAAUGACUCUAGCAGCAGUUGCUGGGAUGGACAAGAUGUGGAUCCCUGUAAACAAGCCGGGUACCGUGCCAGAAAGGAAGCCAAUGGACGUUGCAAGCUGCUUAAGUCUACUGUGUUUGAACCGUGCCAUCGAGUGGUCCCACCUGAAAUGUUUUUUGCAUCCUGUGUUUAUGACCUGUGUGCUUGCGGUGCAGGGGACGAGUGUCUUUGUGACGUGCUGGAGGCCUAUGCAUCUGAGUGCAGAGAAGCUGGUGUCAUCCUACAGUGGAGAUCCCCUGCUCUAUGUGCUGUUGGCUGCCCUCAUGACAGAGGUUAUGUGUUUGAUGAAUGUGGCCCCCCUUGUCCAAAGACCUGUUUUAACAAAGAUGUUCCGUUGGGGGUGUUGGAGUCCCACUGCUUUAAACCAUGUGUACCUGGGUGCCAGUGUCCUGCUGGCCUUGUGGAACAUGAAUCCCAUUGUAUACCUCCAGAAUCAUGCCCCAAGGUCAUCCAUGGAAAUUUAUAAGCUCCAAUGUCAAGACAAUAACCCAGAGGAAGCUUGUCAGACAGCAAAAGUGUGAAACACUGUCACAGAUACCUACACAAAUAUGGAACUUAAUUGCUUCAAUCACUUGCUCCAUAACAAAAGAAUGUAACAUCCUUCCCUUUUUUGACCUCUGAAUAUUAAAAGGAAUUUCGGCCUAACUGAACUCUGCAAACUGAUGAUCUGCUGAGAAGCCGGUUUACAGAUGAAAAUUUUCACAUGCUUUUCACAGAGACAUUUCAUAGAAAUAAGAAUAGGGCAUAUACACUGUCAGAACCCAGCACCAUUUGUUCCUUGAAAAGAACCUUUGGCAUAUAGUCACUGCAGAUUGAUGUUUAGUAGCCCUUUAAGUAGCCGUAGUAAGAGUAACUAUGAGAAAAUAUUUUGUAAAAUAAUGUACUAUAAAUUACUCAAGGAUUCAAAAUUACAUACAUUUGGUAAUACAUUUGUCAGCAGCAAGAUAAUAUUCUUCAUGGACAAGAUACAAUAUGUAAAAAUGUUUAAUUUUGAUUGCCAAAGAAAGCUGUCCUUAAUAUGUCAAAUUGUUUCAUUUGGAGAAAAAUAUGUGUCUUUAAUCGCAUUAACUGGAAUAGUGAUGGACUAAUAUUUCCUCUCAUGCAGUGCUGAAGAACAAAGGGCAGCUACAGGAGUGAUAACCACAUUUUAUUAACAUAUAUUUCAUAACUCACCAUAUGAUACCAAUCAUGUAUUAAUUAGAUUGGUCAGACGCUAUUCGGGUAAAUAGAGAGAAACUCUGUAGGGAACUGCACAGUGCUCUUGUGGGCCACUGUCUCGGUGGAGUUUAUGAACCUGAGUACCAUAAAUCCAACCGAUGGGAUUUAUGUUAAAUAUGGGUGUAUAUGUCUUUGUCACACCACAGUGCUGGAACAUUUUAAAUACAAAUACAUGAGGAAUACCCAUUGGUUAGUGGUAUUAGCUCCUGUAUUAAAUGUUUUUUUAUUCUGCAUUAAAUGUCAGAUAAAUGUCAGAUUUUUAUUGAAAAUCUUACAAUUCUGCCCCGCCACAAGCUAAAAUUUACUCUACUGACCAUAUUUUUAUUGACCACUAAUUUCUGGAUAAUUUAAUGUUUUUUUAUCAUGUCAGUUUGUUUCAUUAUUUGGCAAAAUACAGGUCAUAUUAUAUGUGCAUAUAACAAUGCGCCUCUGACCUGUAUCAUAUGUUAAACAUGCAAAGCCAGGUUUAUACUCCUACCUGCAUAUCCAGAGAAUGCUGAAUGCCCUACAACUAGGUUUCAUAAUGCCAAAGCAGUGCCAAAUCUUUUUUUUUUGUUUUUUUGUAGGAUUCAGCCAAACGAAUCCAAAGCUCUGGGCAAAUAAAAGUGAUGAUUUUUUAAAACACUGUGUAUACAUUUAAUUAUGGAAAUUAGGGCUCAGAUUUGGUUCAGUAUUGUUGGGGUAUGUAGUAUUCACCAAAUACAAAACUAAGGGUUCAUUGCAGCCCUGCUAUAGGGAGGUGACAGUUACAAGGCCAUAUGCAAAUAUAGUUAUUUACCACAUCUGUAGCUUUUUUUUAUAUAGAUUAGGUGAUGUCCUCCCAAUAGUAAGUUUGUCUUGGGGUUCUUCAAACAGAGUGGAGGCACCAUCAAAUCCUUAAGAAUCAAUAAUAAAAUCCUUAAGACUCAAUAAUAAUAAUAAUAAUCCUUAAGAAUCAAUAAAAAAAAUUCCCCCUGGAGAACCAGGUCAGUCAUCCAGUCAGUUUAUUAUACAAUGCACAUGUUUCGGAUCCAACUGAUCCUUUAUUGGGUGCUUAGCUAACUGUGUACAGAACCCAAAUAAUUUAUAAAUCCCCUCAGUCACCAACAAGUGUAUCAGCUCCAUUAUGUGGACAGAUCCAUUCUAUUAAUAAAAUUCUGUUUACAGAGUAUUGCCUCCUAGUGACCUACUCCGGUAAUGCACCAAAAUUAUAGAUUAUAUACUUAUAAAGAUUUAUCAUACAGUAUCAUGGAAACUUGUAAAAGCAGGUAACAUUCUCCUACCCACUUCUUUACACAGUCCACGUUCUAAUUCAUUUAUUCAUGUAACGCAUUGGAUAAACAAAAGUGUUGGGUUAGCUUUACAGGCUUUGCCCUGUUCCUUAUUAAACUUGUGUUUCUACAGCACAAUGCACAUACACACGGCUCACAGAAUGUGCUGGUUAGUCUAUCCACUGGGAGUAAGCAAGAAAACUAUUUACAGCAAGUUUUUACCAAACUAGCUGUUGAAUAAAAGGUGCUUGGCAGAGGAAGAGCCCAUAACUGAUUUCCUUAAGUGCUAUAUCAUUGUAAUGCAAUGUGAUUACUGUUUUUUCUGUCAGUGAAAGUAUAAAGGGUGUUACCCCUGCAAUCUGAACUUGCUCACCAGUUUUGCUACUUACUAAAAUUCUCUCAUUUUGUAAAAAACACUGUUUGUAUACUUUCUGUUUUUUAUAUUUAUAUAUCCAGCAUUUUGUAUUCUUGAUACACUUGAGUAUAUUUAUUGUUCUAUUAUAUAAAAAACUGUUUCAAUUAAAAAACGUUUAAUAAUUCA